AUGGAGGAUAGAAAUAAGAAGCUUGAUGUCAGGCUCUCAUGUGUGGAGGAGAAAGUUGAAUGCUCAGAUUUUAGCGUUGCACAGUUAGAGAGCAAAGUGAUCCAAUUUGAGAAAGAGCGGGAUAGUUUGAAGAAUGAGGUAAUCUAUUUGACUAGUCAAUCUAUGAGAAACAAUUUGAUAUUUACUAAUAUUACUGAGGCAGAUGAUGAAGACCAGCAUAAGACAGAAAGGUUGUUAAGAAGCUAUUUAGUAGAUAAACUUAAAGUAGCGCAAGAUUUAGUGGCAGAUAUGAAAUUCGAACGUGUACAUAGGAUAGGGGAGAGAAGUAGAGGAAAACCUAGGAACAUUGUGGCUAAAUUUGUUUUAUUUAAAGAUAGGGAAUUCGUUCGUAGGCAAUGGAAGCAGCUACAGGGAACACAGUUUAACAUGUUUGAACAAUUUCCGAAAGAGGUGAUAGAGAAGAGGAGACGCUUGGUACCUAAGAUGAAAGAGCAUAGGAACAAAGGGGAUAGGGCAUGUAUCGCUUACGAUACGUUGUAUGUGAAUGGCAAGGCCGUCAGAGAAUAG